GAGAGAGUAACAGAAGGGUCUGAGUGCAGUGCUCUUGCUGGGAAACAGGCAAUGCCUGUUAGUUGCGUCUCUACUGAGCGGCACAUCAGUUGGGCUGCAGCUACCAGGAGAGCCGAGCACCGGCAGUGCGGGGGACAGAGCUGCUGAGCACAGCACGCACGCUACACUAGAGCAGACGAGCGUGCUUAUCGAAGCACAGGCAGAAAACAAAUUGCACACUUCACAGAAGAGAAGCUGAAGAGAGUGUCAGGGUGAGAAAAGUUACCAGGUCAGCAGGAGUGGAAGCGUGGAAGUGGAGCAGCUGAGACCGACUGAGUUCCCACUCGCAACUGGGAAAGUAGCUACCAAAGAUACAGGAAAACAUCACUUUGUCUCAAGAGAUGAGUAAUAGUCUUAACAGGAGCCUCCUGCACAGCAAUAAGGACAUUGAAAGCAAGACAUCAGCAGCAAGCCUAAGCAGUACAGCUCCACUCACUUCUUCACUGGACUCUUUCACACUCAAAUUACUCAGCUCAGCUGUGUGAUUUGUGGUGGAUGUAAUUUGAUUUUCAUCUUUGCAUUUUCAUCCUUUCUUCUGGUUGGGAACCCGCGGAGACUUGGAGGGCACGUUGUUCUGUCCUGUCACCUCUGAGACUAUGUUAGACUGUGCGUCAGGGAGAUCUUCAUCAGCAGCUGCAGCCCUAGAGCAUGGAGAAGUCCAGCAGUGAGGAGUCAGCCAUACAUCGUAGCCCUUCAGUAGAUAGCUGUGACUCUGAUUUCCCUCAAGCCUCCACGUCUGGCCGCCCAUUUGGUGGCCGCGGCUUCACUGCCGGUGCUUUCUACGGCUCCACGGGGCCACGUAAAAACACACAGCAGGGUCAGGCUGCAACAGCAUCAGCUGAGGCCAGCGCAGGAGACAAGAGCAACAACAAAUACAGCUCACCCAAAGGGAGCAAGUACGUGGUCUUUUACCUGGAUCUAUCAUUUGUCUUCCUUUUAGAAUUCAAGAAGUUUAACAUGGCAAGAGGCUGCCUCUGCUGCUUGAAGUAUCUGAUGUUCAUCUUCAAUCUCAUCUUCUGGUUGUGUGGCUGUGGGCUGCUCGGUGUGGGCAUCUGGCUCUCUGUGUCUCAAGGCAGCUUCGCCACCUUCUCGCCCUCAUUCCCCUCACUGUCAGCUGCCAACAUGGUGAUCGCCAUUGGCGCCAUCGUCAUGGUAACAGGCUUUCUCGGUUGCCUGGGUGCCAUCAAAGAGAACAAGUGCCUGCUUCUGAGUUUUUUCAUCGUCCUGCUGAUAAUUCUCCUGACAGAGCUGAUAUUACUCAUCCUGUUCUUUGUGUACUCAGAUAAGGUGAGUGAGAAUGCUAAACAAGAUCUGAAGGACGGGCUGGCUCUGUACAACUCUGAAAACAACAUUGGCCUGAGAAAUGCCUGGAACAUCAUCCAGGCAGAGUGGAAGUGCUGCGGCGUUAUAGCCUACACCGACUGGCAUGAGGCCCUGAAAGAGAAGGUCGUUCCUGACCGCUGCUGCCAGGAGCAUUACCAAAACUGUGGGCGUAACUCUACCAACAUGUUCUGGAACCGGGGCUGCUUUGAGAAAGUAGAGGAAUGGCUUGAUGACAACAAGCACCUGCUGGGAACCGUAGGAAUGGUCAUCUUGGUAGUGCAGCUUCUGGGCAUGGCGUUCUCCAUGACACUCUUCCAUCACAUCCACAGAACAGGGAAGAAGUACGAUGCCUAGCCCCAGGAGAAGAGAACCCCCUAUUCUGGAUGGGAAGGAACUCUGAUUAAAUGUGCCCCCUCCACCCCACGACCGCUGCCACUACAUUACAACCAUCCUUUGACUCUGUUCCCAGACUGUGUGCAGAUUCCAUGUGUUGCCGCUCUGGGCUCUCCUUUCACCACUCAUUUUUGCCCAAGAGUAACACAACUGGAAGAGGAGAAGGGACUAGUAAUUUGGCACAGAAGAGAAUCCUGUUGGUUGUCACUCCUUCAUUUUCUUUUUUCUUUCUUUUUUGCUCGGAAUAACAAUUUGCUGGAGAGAACUACAUACAGACACUAAGACAUUGAAGACUUUUGCAAAUUCUCCCCACUCAUUGGGGGGGGGGG